AUGGAAGUGAAGACCUUUCUUCUGUCAAUGAAGGACCACGUCUCGUCCUCAGCUCCAUCCUGUCCUCUGACUCUGGACACUAACUACACCUGGUACAAGGAGGAUGACGACUCUCCAAAAGCUUCAGGACAGAUCUUCAUCAUCACUGACUUCAGAGCUGAACACAGUGGGAGUUAUUCUUGUGAAGCCCAGAACACGUUAGGACAUAGUAACUCCACCUUACAUCUGAUUGUUGUGGCAGGAGGAUCAUGGAACCUACUACCAGCUUUUUUAACAAUCCCUGUUGUUCUCCUGGCUGUCAUUUCUCUCUCUGUCUUCCUGUGGAUCAGAAGAAAGAGGGCUUCCAGAGACUCGUCUGAGCCUGAAGAGAGAGCGGACAACAGGGAAGAGUGUGUGCCUGAUCAGCCGGAGCAGCAGGAUGACCUUCAGUAUGCCAGCGUUCACUUCUCCAACAACCGGGCAGAUCCUCUUUACUCCAACAUGAGAGCAGCUCAGCCCCUCAGACACACGGAGCAACAGGAAGUCCCGGAGUACGCUGCCGUCAAGUUCAGCAGUGCUGCCCCGAGGACCAGAGGUCAGGACCCUGAAGAGGAUCCAGCUGCAUUGUACAGCACGGUCAACAAAUCCAGAUAAACACAGCAGGCGUUGCUUUUGAAGGAUGAUACUUCUGUUCUUUUACAAUCACAUUUCUAUGUACACAGGGUAAUAUGGAUUUUUUAAAUACAUGUCUCAGGAUGGACCUCUCCAUGAAUGAGGCCAUGAGUUUUCAGCCUAGUUUUUAUUAAUCUGAAUGGCUCAAAUGUAAAGAUUUUGUUAAGUAUUUCACAGCUUAAUGUACUGAAUUGUAAAUAUUUCUUGUGUAACAUGAUUUUUGCCUCAAAAAAAUUA